CGACGGGCUACAAGAGCGUGAUGACGACAUGACGCUCUCUCUUUGCCGCAUCUACUGCGAGGAUGAAGACCAUCCUCAGCAACCAGACCGUGGACAUCCCCGAGAAUGUGGACAUCUCCCUCAAGGGUCGCACGGUCAUCGUGAAGGGUCCCCGAGGGACCCUGCGGAGGGACUUCAACCACAUCAACGUGGAGCUCAGCCUCCUCGGCAAGAAGAAGAAGAGGCUCCGGGUUGACAAAUGGUGGGGCAAUCGGAAGGAACUGGCCACGGUCCGCACCAUCUGCAGUCAUGUGCAGAACAUGAUCAAGGGGGUCACGCUGGGCUUCCGCUACAAGAUGAGGUCUGUGUAUGCCCAUUUCCCUAUCAACGUGGUUAUUCAGGAGAAUGGGUCUCUUGUUGAAAUCCGAAAUUUCCUCGGUGAAAAAUAUAUCCGGAGGGUUCGUAUGAGGUCAGGUGUUGCUUGUUCUGUCUCUCAGGCCCAGAAAGAUGAGUUGAUUCUUGAAGGAAAUGACAUUGAACUUGUAUCAAACUCAGCUGCUUUGAUUCAGCAAGCCACAACAGUAAAAAACAAGGAUAUCCGAAAGUUUUUGGAUGGUAUCUAUGUUUCUGAAAAAGGAACUGUACAGCAGGCUGAUGAAUAAGAUCCAAGUUUUCUGCCUACAGAAAGCAGGAUAUACAGGAUGAUUCUUCACACCUAUUUGUGAUAACGAGACGCAAUAAAACUAUGACUACCAUCUUACA